AUGAAGGAUUUCCCAUCCGAAGCUCUUACUUUACAGGGCGGGUGCCUGUGCAAGGCUGUUCGAUAUGCAAUAACGCUCCCCCAGAAAAGUGAUCGGGGCAGCGUCAAAUUCAAGGCUCCAGAAUCGCCAACGGGUAGUAGUCAUAACCAGGCAGAGAAUGUCAUGAAAAUCGAUCUGCCUAUCAUCUCCAUCGACCACUGCAGCGAUUGUCGCCACGCCGCCGGGUCUCCAGUACAAGCAUGGUUCAUCUGCCCGCAGGAAUGGAUAGAGUGGGAUGUAGCUAUCCUCUCCCCGGCAGACGGGGGUGAAGAGCGCGUGAAACAGACAACAGUUCAGGCCUGCUCCAACGACGGCCGAGGAUUUUACGAGGAUGAGCCAAACCCAUAUCCAGUACCGACUUGUUUGGCUAAAUAUACGUCGUCGGAAGAUGUGACUCGGACCUUCUGUGCACGCUGCGGCACCAACUUCACCUAUUUCGCUAAGAGGCCUAGAUCCAGUCCUACUGGCUUGAUUGUAGAUAUCACAAUCGGUAGCAUGGACGAUGAGAGUAGUGCAAUUGCCUGCCCUACCCGGCAUGCAUGGUAUGACUCCGGGAUACCGUGGUUCAAGCAGCUGGUGAGGGGAGGAGGCGCACCAAUGCCGAGAGCAAGGAAGGGCAUAGCGUUGGGGAUGAUGGGAGACGAUGAAGAGUAA